GGAGAUAACCAUAAGCUAAUUACAGAACAAACAUGGCGUCCGGUGCUCAAGUUCCUCCAACUCAGCAGCAACCUGCACCUCAACAAUCGGCUCAAAUGCCCCACCAACAAGUGGAUUUUGACCAAAUAUCGCGAUAUAAGAUGAUGUUACCUCGUUUAAAAGAAUCUCUAGUCAACUUGAUCAAACUAGCUUCCCAGGCGUUUCGUCAGAAUGCCAGUGUCGACGGUGGUAACAAAAUGAACGUAGAAAGCCUACAACCAAAAUUCGAGCGCUGUCUGGAAGACUUGUUUGCAAUCUGUGACCAAAUGGAAAUAAUACUACGACUUGCUCAAGAAGCCAGUGCUCAAAUCAUCGAUGGAAAUCGCUUUACACCGAUCCCUGUUGUGACUAAUAAGACCGAUAAUCAAGACGGACAAAGCCAAUCGUAUCCACAGUAUCAAAGCACAGUAAGAGGACAGAUCUCUACAGCUAAAGAAAUUCACGAUCUACUCAAAAGAACUGAUAAAUCAUAACUGUUUCUCUUUUGUUUUAUUUCCCUUUCUAUUUUAACAUAAAUCCCAAGCGUACUGUAAUUCUUCUUUAUAAAUUAACUUUGUAAAACAUCGCACAAAAUUGAUUUUAUUUAUAUACAUGUCCAAAGAUAUUGAUGAACUGGGUAACUAGGUUUUUAUAUCUCAGCUUAAUCAGCUUCGUUACCCCUAUUGUUUACAUGUUUUAUCUUUUCCUUCUCAUUCAUACAUUCAUGAUACUGAAUUUCUCAUAUUCCAAUUCACUUAAAAUUAAAAAUAUAUUUGAAUUUAGCCAAAGAAAAUAAACAGAAUCGUCUAAAUAUUGUUCAAGUCUC